UUGUCGCUUAAAAGACCCUAAAACAAAAUUUCAUCAAUGGCUGACCGUGACCGUGACCGCUCUAUCCAGGCCCAAAUCCACCCACAGCACCGGUUCGACCAGGUCGUUCGCGGCGGCAAUUACUAUCAAUCCGGCGGAGGACCCUCAACAAGCAAAGUCCUAGCAGCCCUCACCCUCCUUCCCGUAGGUGGAACCCUCCUUGCAUUAGCCGGCUUAACCCUAACCGGCACCGUCAUCGGCCUAACCGUGGCGACGCCGCUCUUCGUCAUCUUCAGCCCGGUUCUCGUCCCGGCCGCCCUCACGAUCACAAUGGCGGUGUUCGGUUUCUUGUCGUCGGGCGCCCUGGGAGUGAUCGGGCUGUCGUCGCUCUCUUACGUGUUUAAACGUUUGAGGCCGGGUACAGGGGGCGAGCAGGUUGACAUGGAUUGGGCCAAGAGGGGCAUGCAAGACCUGGUGGGGUAUGCAGGGCAGAAGACCAAGGAAGCCGGGCAGAAGACGAAGGAAGUCGGGCAGAACAUCGAGAACAACUACAAGAGCCAUGAUCAGGGCGUCAGGGCUUAGUGCUUGCAUGUAGUAGAAUGCACUUAAUUACUGUUGUUUUUCAUUUUCAAGGGUCAGUUUGUUGUCU